AUUGGUAAAGACGCGCGGACUUCAACCGAACGAUUUCCAAAAGCCCGUUUACUUUUGCCUCGUUUUUCAUAUUUCCUCUGAAAAACUCAGAAGAAUCUGUACCAGAAAAAUCUAAAAAGCUCCAAAACAACAUCAAUGGCAAAACCGACUGACGAUUCCAAACCAACCAUGGCUUCCUCCGCCAAGGUCCACCCUGCCAACGACCCCGACGUCGAUCCCAGCUCUUACUCUCUCGAGAAAUUCAGGCUUUACGAAACCAGAGCGAGAUUCUACCUAAUUGGGAGUGAUCGGAACAAGAGGUUCUUCCGCGUGCUGAAGAUUGAUCGAUCAGAGCCGUCCGAUCUCAAUCUCAGCGAAGAUCCCGUCGUCUACUCGUCGCAGGAGAUCAAGAACCUUCUCCAACGGAUUGCCGAGGGCAAUCGUGCCACCGGAGGCCUAACCUUUGUCACCAAGGUUUAUGGAAUUGCAGGUUGCAUUAAGUUUCUCGAAUCGUAUUACUUGAUUCUUGUCACCAAGCGUCGGCAAAUCGGAUGUAUUUGUGGUCAUGCAAUUUAUAGUAUAGACGAGAGUCAGUUGAUUCCAAUUCCUCACAUCUCGAUUCAAACAGAUAUUGCUCAUUCUAAGACCGAGCUGCGGUACAAAAAGCUUCUAUCUAGUGUUGAUUUGACCAAAGAUUUUUUCUAUAGUUACACAUAUCCUAUAAUGCAAAGUUUGCAAAAGAAUGUUUUGUCGAUGGGUGAGGAAGGGAUGCCAUAUGAUAAUAUGUUUGUAUGGAAUGCUUAUCUAACACAAGCUAUUCGCUCUAGAUGCAAUAACUCCAUCUGGACGAUAGCAUUAGUUCAUGGGCACUUUGAGCAGAUUAGGCUAUCAGUCUUCGGGAGGGACUUCAGUGUUUCUUUGGUGGCUAGACGUUCUCGGCAUUUUGCUGGGACACGUUACCUGAAAAGGGGAGUGAAUGAUCGGGGCAGGGUUGCAAAUGACGUUGAAACUGAGCAGAUUCUACUUGAUGAAGAAGCUGGGUCAUGUAGGGGAAAGAUGAGUUCUGUUGUACAGAUGCGUGGUUCAAUUCCCCUUUUUUGGUCUCAAGAAGUAUCAAAAUUCCCUAAACCGGAUAUCAUCUUACAGAGAUACGAUCCCACAUACCAGGCGACCAAGUCGCAUUUUGAAGACCUGGUAGAGAGAUACGGAAAUCCGAUUAUUGUGCUUAAUCUGAUCAAGACUGUAGAGAAAAGGCCUCGAGAAAUGAUGUUAAGGCGUGAGUAUGCAAAUGCUGUUGGGUAUCUGAACCAAAGUCUUCCAGAAGAAAACCAUGUUAGAUUUAUUCACUGGGACUUCCACAAGUUCGCAAAGAGCAAGUCUGCCAACGUAUUAGCAGUUUUGGGUAAUGUGGCAAGGCAAGCACUUGAUUUGACAGGUUUUUACUACAGUGGUAAACCUACCAUUGUCAAGCGAAGAGCCAAUCAAUUAAGUCGAACAAGCACCGGGAGGGAUGCUUCUCUUAAAGAUCUCAGAGCUAGUUCUGGGGAUCUUGCAAGGCUUGGAAGCAGUAAUGAGACUCUGAACUCUGCUGCCAACCGAGACAAACAAACUGAUUUCGGUCCGCAGAACAGAGACAGCAUUUCUUAUAGUGAAGCACCAUGUUUUCAAAGUGGCGUUCUCCGCACGAACUGCAUUGAUUGCUUGGAUCGUACAAAUGUUGCCCAGUAUGCUUAUGGUCUUGCUGCUUUAGGUCGCCAACUUCAUGCGAUGGGUUUGACAGACAAGCCCAAAGUGGAUCCUGAUAGUAGCACUGCUGCAGCUCUUAUGGAUAUGUAUCAGAGCAUGGGUGAUGCUCUUGCACAACAAUAUGGUGGCUCUGAAGCUCAUAAUACUGUAUUCAAUGAGAGGCAGGGAAAAUGGAAAGCCACAACCCAGUCACGAGAAUUUCUGAAGUCUAUCAAGCGAUACUAUAGUAAUACUUGUACUGAUGGUGAAAAGCAAGAUGCCAUGAAUUUGUUUUUGGGUUACUUCAAACCACAGGAUGGGAAACCUGCUCUUUGGGAGCUUGAUUCUGAUUAUUAUCUUCACGUCUCUGGGAUUGGAGAUGAUCUUUUCCCUGAUAAGUGUUUAGAGCUAGACAGUAAACGUGCGAGAGGUGUCGGUAUUCUUUCCCCUAUUCCAGCUUGCAGAGACGAUUUCAUGAGGAAGAAGUUUACGUCAUUUGAUAAAUUGAUUGAAAAGACUUGCACUUCAAUAAAGGAUGUAAGGCUCUGCAGUGAACCAAAUCGAAGACCAGGUGGUGGUGCAGGAAGUUCUGGUGUGGCACCUGACGCUAUUGAAAUACAGCUCAAAAGCCCAAAUUGGCUAUUUGGUCAGAGAAAGUAUGAAGAAAAUGUUUCUUCCCCAAAAGUCACUUCAGGAGAAGCUACAAAUGGAGAAUCCAGGGAUGAUAGAGGAGUUGAUUCUUUUCGUAACAUGUAUUGGACUUCUUCUGGUGACGAUGCCAAUGAAGAAGAUAUCUUCCAGAGGUAUCUGGCAAUGACUAUUGUAGAUGAGGCCAACGGUUGGUAUGGUGGAAGCCUGCGCGGUGAUCAAGAGGAAAGUAGUGAGAUAUAUAAGCACUAUGCUGAAUUAUGCAAGGGACCUGCCAUGGAGCCUUUCCAAAACGAUACUGAACUAGAGAAGCAUUAUGCUGAUGCUCUUCGAAUGGACACAAUUGACAUUAUAGACGUUACGACUGCCGAAGAAGAGAUGGAAGCGGCCCUCAAGGAGUAUGACUCGAUCGAUGCUGAUCUCGGGAUCAGCCCCUUGUCGUGUAAAUCCUUUUCUGGAGAUCCAAGUUGGCUGACGAGGUGGAUCAUUGAGGAAGGGAAUCUGCAAAGAGGCUAAAACAGAAGCAUCGGCUUUUUGUUUUUGUUUUGUUUUUUUUUUUAAUGUGUACACUGUUUUAUUACCUUUCCGUUGUUUCUACAUUUUUUGAUUCAUAGCUGUCGGUCGGUUUUUAGAAUAUUUGGAACCAGUCGUGCUUGUAUAAUAGUAGUGGCAACUGUACUACAUCUGUGUGUAUAUAUAUUUUCACUGAUUCAUAGUUCGACGUUAGGUAUGUUUAGUACAUAUAAUCAAAACUCAAAUCAUAAUUC